AUGGGUGCGAUUUCUAUCGGAACGUCCACUGGCCUGUACGGGGCUCCGUUAGCAACGAUACGAAGGAUCAUACGUACCAGAUCGACGGCCUCAAUGCCGCUCACGCUCUGUCUUGCGAACUUCUUCAAUAGCGUGUGUUGGGUAGUCUACGCGGUCAUUAUCGUGGACGUCUGGGUGCUGCUCCGGAACGCUUUCGGCUGUGUGCUGACGACGAUUCAGAUGAUCCUCUACAUCAUCUACCCGACAUCAACGAUGCGGCUCCAGUCCUUCAUGAUCGACCACCCUGACGAGGCCUCGAUAUCAAUCUUAUUCAACACACAAGAAGGUCCUCUGGGCAGGAAGAGCUCUUUAGAUCUUAAGGACAUCCUCGACUUCGUAGCAGUCCGCUCUCCCGUUAGACUCCAGCAGACUACCGUAGCCUAA